CGAUAAAUCAAUAUAAAAUAUCAACAAGUGUAAACAAAUACAUUUUGUUGCACAGACACACUCACAACACACAUCUAAAUUAUUGAGUAAUCUUUAAAUAGCUCUUAAAAAUGAAUUAAGUGCAUUUAAGUGACCACAAGAAGCUAGACCACUGCCCGAUCGGAUUCUCUUCUCACGCAAUUCCCGGAACCAGCAAUUAUUGAACGCAGCGUCAUAUUGCAUCAGAAAUCGCUGGCCUUCCUGGGCCUAUUACAACAAUUGUGAAAUCCACAAUGGAGUCCUUCCUGAGUCUCUUUGAUCCCAAUCAGGACGAUGGCUUCGAGGAGGAGCCCGAGAUAAAUGGCAACUCCAGCGGCGGGGGCAGCAGCAGCAGCGACUACGAGAUGGACGCCAAUGCCAAUGAGUGCAGCCCAUACAGCGCCACCGGCACCGCCACCACCACGGCCACGGGCAACUUGAUCUUUGAUUUCGAGCAGGGCAUCCUGCCACCGGAGCCACAGCUGGGCAAUGUGGAGUACAAGUUGAAGCUGGUGAGUCCUUCCAAGCAGCGCUUCGAGCAUCUUGUCACACAGAUGAAGUGGCGGCUGCGUGAGGGCAACGGCGAGGCCAUUUACGAGAUUGGUGUGUCCGAUGCGGGCUACCUGCAGGGUCUCAGCGAGAAGGAUAUGAACGCCUCGCUGAUGACGCUGAAGCAGAUGGCCCACCAUUUGGGAGCAAGCACCUCUGUGCUGCGACGCAAGACCAUUGCUUCUCGACGGGCCGUGGCCGAGGUGCUGGUGCGGAAGAUUCCCGACGAUCAGCACAACAUCGAGGUGCGGGUGGCAGUACUGGGAGGAGCUGAUGCUGGCAAGUCCACGCUGCUGGGCGUGCUCACGCAAGACGAACUGGAUAAUGGACAAGGACGAGCACGGCUCAACAUGUUCAGGCACAUGCACGAGAUACAGUCGGGUCGCACAUCCUGCAUCUCCCACGAGACGCUAGGCUUCGAUGCGCUGGGGAAUGUGGUCAACUACAAGUACAAUGAGAUGAUGACAGCCGAGGAGAUCAGCGACCGCUCCAGCAAGCUAGUUACCUUCAUGGAUCUCGCCGGCCAUCGACGCUACAUGCGCACCACGGUCCAAGCGCUGAGCGGCUACUCGCCGCAUUAUGCCAUGCUCGUGGUGUCGGCUGGCAGCGGCUGCAACGAGACUACCGAGGAGCACUUGGCCAUUGUGCGUGCUUUGGACAUGCCAUUCUUCAUACUCGUAACCAAAACAGACAUUACGUCGCCGGACGCCACAGUGCAGGAGCUGCGCACACUUCUCACAAACAUUGGCUGCCGCAAGGUGCCAUUUGUGGUCACCAAUACAGACGAGGCCAUAUCCGCGGGCUCGAAUCAGGUGUCGGACAACAUUGUGCCCAUAUUUUGUGUCUCGAAUGUCACGGGAACCGGCUUGAAUCUGGUCACCAAAUUUCUCUAUGUUCUCUCGCCGGGCAUAAGCAAUGCUGAGAAGGAUCGCCUCGAGCAGGAGUCGUGCGAGUUUCAGGUCGAUGAAAUAUUCCGGGUCACAGACGUGGGUCCCGUGGUGGGUGGUCUCCUGGUUCAAGGCGUGCUGACCGAGAAUAUGCCAUUGAAAAUUGGUCCGCUGCCAAACGGAAGCUUCCUUCCAGUCAGCGUCAAUACCAUCCAUCGCAAUAAGGCGCCAUGUCGUGUGGUACGCGCUGGCCAGAGCGCCUCGCUGUCGUUCACCCUGGACCAAGAGCUGCCGAAUCUGCGCAGCGGCAUGGUGCUGCUGGGCGACAGUCCGGACGAGCCAUAUGGCACGUUCUUCUUUCAGGCCAAGGUAUCUGUGCUGUUCCAUGCCACGGCCAUCUAUGUGGGCUUCCAGACCACCGUGCACAUUGGCAGCAUUCGCCAGACUGCCGUCAUAAGGGGCAUCAUGGGUGGCGAGAAGCUGGGCACCAACGAUUGUGCCUCCGUGAUGUUUGAGUUUGUUGGCCAUCCCGAGUACGUGCGGCCCGGCAUGCGCAUCCUGUUCCGCGAGGGCACCAGCAAGGGCAUCGGCGUUGUCACGCAAGUAUUCCCCGUCAACAAAACUGGCACAAAGUGAAAGGCUGGAUAGACAGUCGAUAUUGAUAUUAAGAUUAUAUAUUUGACAUAUUUCAAACUCAGAUGAAAUGUAAAUACUUAAUUAGCGGUUUAGAGAGAAAGAGAUUCGCGAAAUCCAGGCAGAUUAGAUCUUCUGUACAUUUAGUUUCGAGUUCUGUGAUUUUUCGUUUAAGCUCGGAUCAGUAUAUACUCCAGAAUAUGUACCAGUAGCUAGAGCAGCAGCAACAGGCAGCACCCAACAGGCUUCACAAUUUGAAAUUGUGUAAAUCUAAUCGUUAAUUUCCACCCCAAAUUAAAGACAACGACCAGAAGUUUGCUCAACAA